AUGGAGAGGUUCGACGUCGACAGUUUCCAGAAACAGCUGCGUUCGUCGAAGAUAGGACGCAAAUUUGUUUAUGUCGACGUCACAGGCUCUACAAUGGAUGACGCUAGACGCUUGGGUCAUGAAGUGAAAGAAUAUCCUCAUGGUACAGUUGUGAUGUCUGAACGACAGACAAAAGCCAGAGGAGCCAGAGACCACAGGUGGGAUGCCACCAACACUGGAAACAUUUAUGCUUCUGUAGUUUUACAUAUGCCACCUUUCGGCCGGACCUUUGAAGGCCGGUUUGACCUGGAAGUGGCUGCUUGCCUGGCAGUUUUACAGGUGGUGAGAAAAUAUGGGAUCCCCAAGGUCGUACCUAAGUGGCCUAAUGAUCUGUGGGUGAGGGGUCAUAAACUUGCUGGAUUUCUGGUUGAAGACGGGCGAUUGGAUAUUCCAGGAACAACUGACUGCUUGUUUAUUCUUGGCAUGGGAAUUAACGUGAACGCCGAUGUCCGCAGAAGCAGUGAUCUCCAGAGUAUUGCUACAAGUAUGGUCUGUGAGAGGGAUGGUCAGUUUGUUGACCGGGAGAAGUUUCUAGCAGACGUUUGCCUACAGCUUGAACAGACACUGGCAAACAAGAAAGAAGACAAUUAUCAAAUGUUUCUCAGAGAGAAUCUCUUCCAGAAAGAUUGUGACAUCUCCGUAUCAAACAACUUGGGUAAAAUGUUGGAUGGCAAAUUUGUGACAAUUUGUAAAAACUGGGAUGUGAAAUUUGUUGACACACUCACAGGGAAGAUCAUGAAAGGAAGUUCUGCAGUGUACACCGUUCGGCCAAAGGUUUUCAACAAGAUCACACUUGUAUUUACCAGCACACACAGCACUGAUCUAGACAGUACCCUGUCCAAAUGGUUGACGUCCAUUGUUGACACCUCUAAAUAUAUUGUGUGCUCAGUGCCAGAAUCAGCUAUCACAACAACAGAUGAAUGGAUGAAAAAGUGUUCGUUGCUAGUUUUGGUUGAAGAUGUCAACAAUAAAGAACUUGUCACCACAAAAAUUGGCCUGUAUUUGCAAUCAGGAGGGAGUGUGAUGGCGUAUGGAAGAGCAGCGGCAUUUGCGGCCGGUGUAUUUGGGCUUUCCUCCUAG